AUGUCGAUCAAUGAGGUUUUGGCAAUCAUUGCCACUGCAUUGGCGGCUUCCGUCUUUAUUGCCAAGGUUCUUGCUGGCUUUUUGCCUCACUUCUUUCGCGCACCACCCGCUCAGUGGAGGCUGCGAGUGAACAAAGCUAUGAUGAGGGCGGAGAACAGCCCAAAUAAAGUGCCGGCACUCGACUUUGGGUGGAAAAAUGGCAGCGUAAGGCGCCAAAUGAUCAGGGCUUCGUAUCAGCCGUCAGCGUACACAAACAAGAUGUCAACCCAAAAAUUAGUUGUGGGUACUGAGGAUCGUGCCAACAGAGAGUCGUUCGUCAACCGCCUCGCGCAUAAUCUAAGAACCUUCGAUCGAAAAAUCUACGGCUACUUCCAUCCCUACUGUAACGCUGGUGGUGGCGGCGAAAAAGUGCUCUGGAAAGCCGUAGAGACUACUCUACAGAAAGACCCCAACGGUGUAGUCGCCAUCUACACAGGCGACAAUGAUGUGAGCGGCGAAGAAAUUCUAAGCAAUGUUAUCAAAAGGUUUGAGUACAAUCUUGACGCCUCGAGAAUUGUGUUCAUAUUUCUCACUAAAAGGGAUUUCGUUGACCCUAAAAAAUGGCCACGAUUGACACUCUUGGGCCAGGCCUUCGGUUCUGCUGUCCUUGCUGCAGAGGCACUUUUCAAGUUAACACCAGAUGUUUGGUGUGACACAAUGGGAUAUCCAUUCACCUAUCCCAUUGUUCAUUUUCUUGUAAAUGUUCCAGUCGUGACUUAUACUCACUAUCCAGUAAUUUCCUCCGAUAUGCUGCAGAAACUCGUCCUUACUCCUGGGUUCAAGAACAAUUUGAAGCUGAGGCUGAAAUACUACUACUGGAAAAUAUUCAUGCUCUUAUACACAUUUACUGGCAAGUUUGUUACUAUUGCUACAACCAAUUCAACUUGGACUCAAAACCACAUAAGUCGCAUUUGGCCCCAAAAAUCUAAAAGAAUUAUCUAUCCUCCUUGCUCAACUGAAAAUCUGGCUUUUGGUGAGGAUGGAAGCAAAUGGACGAGAAAAAACCAAGCAGUUAUCAUAGCGCAGUUUCGACCUGAAAAGAGGCAUAAUUUGAUUAUAAGAUCUUUCGGCUCUGCGCUGAAAAAGGCAUCCGCUCAGGAGCUUCGUGCCAUGCCAAAACUCAUUUUUAUUGGCUCUACAAGAGGACAGAAUGACCGGAAUUAUGUGGAGACGCUCAAAACUCUCAGUUAUGAGACAUUAGGGAUCUCGAAUGACCUAAUAGAAUUCAAAACAGACUGCGAGUAUGAAGAAAUGAAGAAACAUCUACGCACGUCUUCAUAUGGAAUCAACGCAAUGUGGAAUGAACACUUUGGAAUUGCGGUCGUGGAAUACAUUGCAUCUGGGCUAAUACCGCUUGUCCAUGCAUCAGCAGGCCCUUUGCUUGAUAUAGUCGUGCCUUGGGACUCCACUCAGCAAAAGCAAGCAAACAACGCUACUGAAGAUAAUAGAACUGGGUUUUUUUUUAGAGACCCAAGCGACCCAGAUUUCUCAUCGCAACAUAACUCUGAGUACCCGACAUUAGAAAGUCUCUUUAUCAAGAUCAUGAGCCUUACAAACGACGAGAAGCUUUCGAUAACUCGAAGAGGCAAGAACUGUGUUCUUAACAAAUUCUCUGAUCAAAAAUUUGCUGAGCAAUGGAGGUCAGUGCUGGAAGACAUACCACCUGCCGAUUCAGCAAUUUGA